AUAAGUACCAUCGCUGGCUAAAUUUUUAUGUUGCUUUUCCGAAGAAUUUGUUUGAAUUUUAACCAAUAAAACGUGUAAUUAGCCAUCAACACAAGCAACACUCGGUGAAAAAAUGUUCGGGGGCAAUGCAGUUAUUAACGUUUGAGCAGAAAAGGGCUGUGAAAAAGCGUGGGCGAGGAAAAUUGUGCAGUGAAAAAAAAGUGCGCGUGUGGAGUGAAGAAUACAACGCUGAAAAGUAGCCGCGGCGCUGCGCCUGCUGCUUGCUGCCUUCUGCCUGUGCUGUUAACAGACCCGACCGACCGACCGACCGACCCCCUCGAGAACGAGAGCGUUGUAAACAAUUGUAUUUGCGUGAUUUUUCCACCACAAUCAUCCCCCGUAUAUCGUGUUACAGUGUAAUGUGCUCCGAGUGCUGAAAAAACCCCAAGUAAUAUGGCCCAAAUGAGCAGCAACGAGCCCUUUGACGAUGAGCUCUUUGAGACGCGCCUGGAGGCGCUAAAGGACACACAGGAGGGUAUACAGCAGAUGUCGAACUGGUGUCUCCAGCACCGCGCCAACCACAAGAAGAUCAUUCAGUCCUGGCUGAAUGUAUUCAAGAGAGUACGCGUGGACCAUCGUUUGGUGUUGUUUUAUCUGGCCAACGAUGUCAUACAGUAUAGCAAGCGGAAGCGCUACGAAUUCGUGGAAUGCUGGGCCACAGCUCUACAAAGAGCCACCACCAUGGUGCGUGAUGAGCGCGUCAAGGAUAAGAUUUUGCGUAUCUUUAAGAUCUGGGAGCAGCGUGAAAUCUACAAUGAGGAAUAUCUGAGCGAUCUGAGUGGUCUGCUCAACAUCACGCCGCCAAAGAAGUCGCAAGUGGAUGCCAGCGAUGAGUUUCAGAAUGCCACGCUCAUUGCACAGGUGCGCGAGUGCGUGGAACUGGCGGAGGCCACGGACAAGAGCAUGAAGAAGCUACCAAAGCCGCCGCAUCUGGAGAUUGAGACCAUCAAGCAGCAGCUCAAAGACAAGAGCCAUUCGGGCGACAUUGAGAAGGAGGUGGAACGCUGUGUGGCCUUUAUAAAUGCCUACAACAAGAAUUUGCAAAAUGAAAUCAAGAGCCGCAAGGCGGUGCUGACCAGCGUGGAGGCCGCCAAAAAGUUCUACGAACAUCAAGGCAGGGAGGUCAAAGUGGUGGCCAGUGCCUAUAAAAGCUUUGGCACACGCAUCAAGAUUGUGAAACGGAAGCUGGAUGAGACCAUACCCACGCUGCAGAGUCCCAUACCCUCGCCGGACAUUAAUGCACCAUCGCCCGAGCGUGAUGCAGAUCUCCAGCUGCCCGACGAGACAACGCCACCGUUGGGAAUAAACGUUUUUAGCGGCGGAUUGAAUGGUUUCUCCAGCUAUUUGGACGGCGGCAAGCUCCCUUUCGACAUUAAUGACUUCAAGCGGGACUCGAAGGAUCUGGGUAGCGCCAUUGAGGUGAUUGGCUCGCGUUCGGAUGAUGAGGCGUAUGCGCCGAAUGCAAAUUUCUACAAGCCCGAGCCCAUAUCCAGCUACAGCAGCAGCAACAACAGCGGUGGCGGUGGCAACAACAGCUCCAUACCUGGUUUGGGCGGAGGAGGAGGAGGAGGAGCUGGCAAUGGCUCUGCUGGCGGGGAAUACAAUCCCAAUCAAUCGCAGUUUGACAGCCCAUUGGCACCGCCUCCGAUUUUCGGUUCUAACAACCAGGAACAGUAUGUACCGCCGCUGCCCUCGCAUCAUGGCUAUGGCGGAAAUGGUGGGGGUGGUCAGGAUGCACAAUAUACACCCGCACCAAUGCCACCACCACCAUUGCCGCCAUCUCUUGGAUCGUCUGGUGGUGGCGGUGGCAAUGGCGGAGAUGACUUCAACAGCACCUGGAACAUGAGCAUGUCGUGGACGCCGCUGGACACCAGUCUGAACAGUAGUGGUGCCAGCUCCUCCGCCUAUAAUCCGCAGUCCACGCCUCACUCGCCGCCUCAUUUCGAGCGCAAGGCCAGCGUCGCACCGCCCGAGUACAGCGACCAUUUGCACAAUAAUGCCGCAGCGCUGGGCGCCGAGGAUGUGGAUCAUCGCACGCUUCAGCUGCCGCCGGCCUUUAAUUUCGGCGCAAAGCUCGGUCUCAGCCAGGACAAGACACGCCAGCUAGUGGACAUAGAUCAUAGGAAUCUGAUAUCACUCACGGGUUCACCCGGUGGCGCAGAAAAGGACUUUGGUGGUGGCGGGGAUGUGGACUAUCGCAUUGUGCCGGGCUCUGCGGAUGAGGGCAUCAUGGCACCGCCUGGAAAUAACUAUGCCAAGACCAAGACCAGUUCUCCCCAUAAAUCCAAUGCGAGCUCUUCUUCAGAAUCGGAUCGUGUGGAUGGCGCUACACGCUAUGAUCCUGCAGAUAUGGUCAUAGAUAUGGACAUGUCGGACGAUGAUAUUGAUGAGUCGCUGCGAGAGCCCAAGGAGGAUCUGCUGGAGGAGGCUGAAACGGAUGCCAAUGGCGGCUUGACGCCCUCGCGUCCUGUGCUGCUGGAAACGCCCACAGAUUUCAUGAAUCCCUGGGAGUCGAACAACAGUUUUCUGGGCCAACCCAUGGCGGACAUGUCCGGGGAGCAGGAGCAAACGCAGCAACAGCAACAGCCAUGGAAUCAAAUGCCUCAAAUGCAUAUAGGAGCGGGUGCACCGCCACCGCCACAACCGCCGUAUGGACCACCCUUUCCGUAUCAACGUUUCGGGCCACCCAUGAACAGUCCGGACAACAUGCAGCAGCGUGGCCGUGGACGAGGUCGCGGCUGGUCGAACCAAGGGCCAUAUCCUAGGUCGCCCUAUCAGCGGCAGCCUGGCCCCUACGACGGUGGACCCGGCCCAGGGCCACGACCGUUCUAUGCACGCGGCGGCGGUGGUGGCGGGCCUGGAGGCGGCAGCAUCGGUGCACAGAUGCGUGGUCGUGGGCGCAUGCGUGGUAAAGCUUGGAUGUAAUUUACGUUUACGUACUCGUAUUAUAAACCUACACAACACAAACAAACAGACAACAGACCGCCGCUGUGCCGCCUUUGGUUUAGUUCGUAGUUUACUCCUCCCCCACUCUCACUUAUCUCAACUCGUUUUAGUUUUAAAAACCGACGUAAAUUGUACAGAAAAGGUCCCCAAAAAGCAACCGAAAGCUGAUCUUAGUUGUUGCCUGAAACACUCCCCAUAUAUAUCGUGUGUCUAUAUAGCAUUAUACAUUUUAAGUGGAUUCAAUUGGUUGAGUGAUUCGAUAGUUUACUAAUUGAUAAGACGAUUAUACAGAUUUACAGAUUUUAAUUUUUUGGCAAGAAACAAACCAACCGUAGAAAAGUGUUUAAGAAACAACA